AUGGAUAACCGCGGCUCCUUUUUCUUCCUUCUGCUAGUAUUUUACAUCCUGCUAAGCUCACAGUCACGGGCACCCCUGAUCGAUGAAGAUCGUCAGCGUCAACGGGAGCUCGAUCGCGAGCGACGUGCAUUCCGGCUGCUGAAUGAGACCAAAUAUGGCGAUUUUGAUCCACCGGCAGACCACUGGCUUCCUUUCGCGGGAGUUAGAAAGAAUGACAGCUAUGCGUGGGAUCUUUUCCCUCAGGUUCAGAACCGCGCGCGUCAUCAGUUGCAGUCCAUUCUUACAAAUGCUGGUCUUGAACCCCCAAUAGGCCUGGAUGAUCCUAACGGCUCAUCUCCGUUAAAUUUGACAAAGCUGUUCCUACCAGUCUAUCGCAACGCAACUGGUAAGUUGCGAGGAGAUUGGGUUCGUCGCGAUGAUGAAUUCAACCGCAAAACACCUCUCAAUAUAUCGGCGAUUGCCCGUGAGCACGAAUACUUUACUCAUGAGUUCAGCUCCAACAUCACGGGUAAUGGGGGUACAAUGUAUUUUGAUCUGGAAGAAGGCGGAGGCGAAGAAUAUCAACUUGGUGCGGGUCUCGUACGAGAGAUUAGAGCAAGCCUGAGUGUUGAGAGCGAGGACUUUUGGGGCAGUACGUGGUACCUUUCAUUAUUCGGCUUACAUUUCCCAGAAACUGGCGGAAUUAUCCUGAGCACUUCGAGUGAGAAAUUCGGUGGCAUAUUUGCUUUACCAAACUUCGCCUUGUCCUCUGAUACCUACGAGCUAUCUCAUCAGCUUCUCCUUAAGUCGCUUCGAGAUGCCAUGUCUGAGAAGCAAAACCGACCAGCCUCGCUAUUUCCAUGGUCCUCUUUAGCAAGAAGCCAGCAGAUGGAGUUUCCAGCACCCAAAUGCGAGCAUGUCAUCUACCUACAGCAACAUCCAGUGAUGGUUGAUGGGGUACUUGCCGAUCGCUUACUGCUAGAGAGAAUGGAACGAGAACUCAGAUACCCGAUGGGCGCACCUAUUCCAACCCCACCUUUGAUGACCAUGUCGGCAGUCAUCUUCUCCCCAGACUGCGGAUAUGUACUUGAAACGAAAGGCACCCCGGAAUUUCCGCCCACUGACCAGCUCUACCUCUCCGGGCCCAAGCAUGAAGAGUACAACAAAUAUGCAGCUCGUCUGAUCUUUGUUGUGGCGAGUGUUUUUGUUGCGCAGAUUACGCUCCUGCUUCGCCAGAUCAAAGAGGCUUCAACUCCAUCGACUCGCAGCCGGGUCAGUUUUUACACAAUUGCAUUGAUGGCCCUUGGUGAUGCUUUUGUCCUUACAUUUAUUAUCUUGGAGCUCUAUGAGGCUGUAUCCUUUUUGGUUCUAGCAACUGCAUCAUUCUUAGCAUUUUUGUCUGUCAGCUACAUUGGAAUGAAAUUCAUGAUGGAGAUCUGGGCUGUGCAAGAACCAGAACGACGUGAGGAACGACCGGCCAUCCCAGCAGUCCCCACUCCAAGCCCGGGAACUCUUCCACUGCCGGCUACAGCUGCACGAGACUCUGGUGCAACUCCAAUAAUUUUACCUCCUGAUCAAGAUGCCCCCGAAGAUGAACUAGCCCAGCAGCCUGCACCUGCAACCAGGACAGCAGCGCCAACAUCCGGGCAACUCCGCAGUGAUGUUGGUGCGAUGUAUGCGCGCUUCUAUCUUGCUCUAUUUGGUAUGCUGAUACUUUCGAUUUGGGCAUUCCUCUUGCCUCGGCGACUCGGAGCAAUAUAUGCGCGCGUGAUAUCCGGAAUAUACCUCUCUUUCUGGGUACCACAAAUCUACCGCAAUGUCAUGCGAAACUGCCGGAAAGCCUUGCGGUGGGAUUUUGUGGUGGGACAGAGUAUUCUUCGAUUAUUUCCCUUCAUUUACUUUCUCACAGCCCAUGGAAACGUACUGUUCAUCCGGCCCGACUGGACGACUGCGUUGGCAAUGGCUGGGUGGAUGUGGGUUCAAGCUUGGAUGUUAGCCAGUCAGGAUAUUCUGGGACCUCGUUUCUUUAUUCCACGAGGCUGGGCUCCGCCAGCUUAUGAUUACCACCCAACAUUACGCGAUACCGUCGAGUCUGAUGCAGAUCUAGAGGCGGGCGGUGUCUUAUCUAUUGCAUCGCUCCGGGCUGAUAAGCAGGAUUUGGUGGGCGAUUCCAAAGAUGAUGAUAAACAACGACCGAAGGACCGCAAGAAGGUUAUGUUCGACUGUGCGAUCUGUAUGCAGGACAUUGAAGUUCCCGUUCUUCCUGCUUCUUCUUCUGCUGGCGGAAGUAGUGUCACCGAUGGAGCUACGAGUAUUCUAAGCCGUCGCACUUAUAUGGUGACUCCUUGCCGGCAUAUAUUCCAUACGGCCUGCUUAGAGAGCUGGAUGAGACUGCGGCUUCAGUGCCCGAUUUGUCGUGAAUCAAUUCCUCCUGUAUAG